AAAAUUUUAAGAUGCGAUAUAUGCUUCAAUUUGACAUUGAAUGAGAAAAAGAAUGUUUUGGAAAAAUGGCAAUUUUGAGAUUAUUAUACAAAAAGCGACAAUUUCUAUUUGCAAUACUAUGUGUAACAACGUUCUGGAUGAUGUACAUUUUCUUGUCCUUGCCUCAACCAUCAAAAGCAGAAACCAGAACAAGUUUUUCAGAUAAAUUAUUAAAGACUCAGAUUGUUCUAAGAAAAAAUGAAGAGAAAAACCUGAAACACAGAACUGUCAAUAAUGUUAUUGACAAACCAGAUCUGGUCAAGAAACCACAACAGAGUGAGGUGAAAAAAGAACAGGAUGAAAAGAAAAAAGAAGAGAAUUCACCAGCGAAAAAAGAUGAAACAAAAAAUCUUAAUUUAGAAAAGAAAACUUCUGAAAAAGAUAUUAAAAUCACAUCAAUGAAAAAAUCUGAUAAUAAGACAUCAGUGAAAGCACCAGAAGUAAAGGGAAACUUAAACAUUGUACUGGAAAAAAUUAAAAAUAAAACUUUAGAAAUGGGAAACGCUGUAAAAAAUAAAACACUGGAAAAACUGUCAGCUUUUGGUGUUGUAUUCCAACCAAAACAAUACAAAAAAUUACAAUUUCAACAAGGGAUGUGGCCCCUAAAUUUAUCAUUGGAAGAUGUUGGAGGCAUAAUGAAAGAUACUGCUUAUCUUCAAAAAGAAGAAAAAAUUAGUAUUAAUUAUCCCAAAUUAUUGUCAUCGAAGAUUAAUGAGACAGUUGGGAAUGAGACAAUAACAUUAAAGAAUCUGACUAUGACCAAUAGUGUGGGAUUCUGUGACUGUGUAGAUUACGAGUGUUUCUGUUGUGGUCGAGUGGAGAUGAAGAAAAUGCAUGUCAAUAAUACAGCAUGUGCCAAUUUUACUUUUAUGACAAAAUCUCAGGAAUUUGACUACAGAUUUUCAUUAGAUAAAAAACUGUUGGAUAAACAGAUUAUAUCAGCUGAACAGCCACCAACAGUAUGUUUGGGAUCAAUAUCUAAAGUAGGAGCAAUAUGUACCAGAUUUUUAAAUGUGACAUCGAUAGUUAGUAUACAAGAAGAUCAUAAACUUCAUGUGGUGGGAUGUUUAGAGUUCAGUUUGAUGUUAUAUAAUCGGACUGUUAGUGCAUUCCCUGUUGACUGUUUCCAGUUACCUAGUCAUCAACAUAAAGUUAAAGAAGAAAAGGCUGUACAUGAUUUUGGUAACUGGAUGCCAUGAUUUGGGAUAGGGGACAAGGUGUUAUAUAUUCUAUUAAAUCCUAUUUAUUUGUUGAAUUCCUGUCAUUUUGUUCAUUCCUAUUCAGUAAAAGGUUCAACCCUUUUGAUACAGGGUAAUCUCUGAAACUAUGUCAGCUAUAUAUAGUAUAACUUAAACUAAAUUAUGUUUGUGGAAAAAAAUAAUUGAUUGUUUUGUUUAUAAUAUAUUAUUCACAAGCACCAGACACAUAUGUGUAUAUAUCUCUUUGCAAUCACACCAUUUGGUUGGUUCACAAACACAUACAAAAAUUUGCUUGUGUUAUAACAUGAUAAAUAAAAUUGAAAAAGGAAAUGGUGAAAGUCUAUGACAUAAUAUAUUCAAUCUUAGUUUUUGAAUCUGCAAACUUUUGUAUAUCUUUUUUCUAUUUCACUAAUAUAUAAUAAUACAAUUUACGUACAUAAGAAUGCUUUAUAUCAGAUAACAAAGGAUAGCAACUAUUUAAAAGAAUAGCUUACAAUAGGAAAAUGGAUGGAACGCUGAAGCAUGUGGAUAUCAACUUAAUAUUAAUGACAAUUAAUUUUGUUAGAUUAUGUUUUUUUUUUACAUUCCAACAUUAAAGUAUUUCAGACAGGUAUUUCAAUGACAAUGAUAUCCAAAAGAACCAACUCAAAAUCAAAUGUUACUGUCCAUAUAACAAUCAAAGGUCACAAACAAAUUAAUUUUCGGAACCCUGAAUAAGAUGUCAUUUAUCUGAUGGGUUCCACUAAAAACAGACACAAUGUCUGACCAUUUUUUCUUACAUGCAUUGACUUUAGUUGAUAUUUCACCUUAGCUUGAUAGUUUUUGAAACUUGAGUCAAUCUUGUUUUUAAAUUUUAAAAUGCAAUGAAUGAAUAACUUUAGCUUCAAUCAAAUCACUUAUACUGGCACACAUAUAGAAAUUAUGAACAGCUUUCAAGUCAUUUACAUAAUGGUAUUGAUGUUAGCUUCUGGAAUAGUUUAAAUUGUUAUUGGGUGAAUAUACCAAACUAUGUCAGUUAUAGGGAUCAAACACUUUCAUGUAGAUGAUUGUUGUCAUAGAUUAUUACUGUUUAUUUGAAUGAAGCAGCUUUUUACCUAUUUGUGCCUUAUAUUUUUCAUGUUCAAAAAUGGAUAUCUGUUAACAAAAUACUAGUACUGAAAUGUUCUGUAUUUUUUUUUAUCAUGGAAUUAGAUUGAUAUAAAAGAGAAACAUUGAUAAUCUCAUUUUUGUCCUUUGAGUUAAAAAUAAAUAAAAUACCAAGUGUCAUAAACCUAUCAAAAAGUCUUAUAGACACAGAAAAUAUUAAUCUGUGAAUGAGAUAUUAAUAAUGAUACAUUUGUACAUUUCCUUUUUAUUUGAAAUAGACCCAAUAACAUAUUGCAGAUUUUUUCAAAUAUUAAAUCCAUAGAAAUUAUAUAUUUUGACACAAAAUAAUAGUUACAAAAAUGAUAUGAAUGAAAUCUUUUGUGGAAAGCAUAUUUUCAUUUUAAAUUUUACUAAAAAAUACAUGUGAAGUGAACAAUUUUUUGUCUAGAAUAUUUAUCAUUAUUUAGUUAUUUAUAAAUAAAUCAGCAUAGUUUUGAGAAGGGGUAAGUAACAGCUCUUACCAUACCUCCUUCUUUGUUUAUUCCUCUGCCAUGGCUGCCAAAAGUUAAUGGUAUAGGGCUUAUUAAAAAUAGUAAUAUUUUGUAAGAAUUAAGUGUUUUGAGAUUUUUGUAAUAGUAAACAUUUAGUGUUUUGAGAUGUAUGCAAAAGUAAUAGUUUGUUUAAUUUAAGUGUUUUGAGAUGUUUGUUUUCAGUCCAAACUUUAGUAAAUAGAGUGCUAAAUCUGUCUUACACCAUGUUACAUCCUUCACUGUUCAUAGCACUGUAGUAAAAAACUUUUUAAAAGUAGAAUUGCGUUUGAAAAUUGUUAGUAUAGAUAUUUUAAAAAGUUUAUUUCAAAUUUUUUAAUGAGUACAUUGGGAUUCAACUUACUUGCUAGGAGACAUAGAAAAAGGUAAAUAACUGCAUGUGUACCAAGAUUUAAAAACUCAGUUUUGUGGGCAUAUUUGACAGAGAUUGAUUAGAUUCCAAGUUUUAGGGUUUCAUUCUUCCUUUGAAACCUAUUUACUUCUUCACUCAUCACUAGAUUUACUGGUAGAUAUUAAUAGAUUAUCGUUGGUCAUCUCAACGAGAUUGUUUUUCUUGCUUGAGCUGGUAUGAUGAAAGUGAGAAAAGCAACCAUAUUAAGAUGAACAAUGAUAAUCUGUUUAUCAGUAUUUUACCUAAUUUCAUUGACAAGACACUUGGGACUUUAGUUUCUAGCGAUAAUUUUUCAAAUCACUCUAAUGUGCUGAGAAAGGUAAUUAUCAGUCGAUAAGUUCAAAGGAAAAUUUCGUAAAAUAGCAAUAAAUAAUAAUAUAUAAACACUGUUUUAUAGAAAUAUUUGUUAUUUAUCCAUUAGAUGUUAGUAGUAUGAAUUGUGUUAUUGUAGAACUACUAACAUUUUAAGAGUAUUUAAUAAUGUGGAAAACUGGUCCAUUUCAGAAAAAGAAAUGUAAGGGUUUGGGUUUGAAGGCAUCACUCAUACAAUUGCAGAUUAUUUUGCAUACAUAACCACACAAUUUGAACUUGGUUACAUGUGCCCACACAUACAAAAAUAAUCAAAGUGCCUUCCAACCCCAGCCCUCCCCAUAUAUUUUAUUCUGGAAUAGCCCUUAAGAUUUUCUCAGGUCUAAAAAAGAUAUUUUGAAACCAACAAAGAUAUAUAAUUUUUGUGUGAACAGAUCUAAUAGUUUGUCUUUAAAAUUGAAAGAUAAUUUAAAGAAAAUGUAUACAGUGAUGCUUAUAAAACUACUGCAGAAGAGUACUACAAGACCUUCAUGGAAGAUAACAUGAUACUGCAUUUAAGAAUUGAUUAGCUUUUUUUUUUAAAUUCAUUCGUGUGUAAAAAGCGUUGACUGAAGUACAUUUUGUAUUUAGCAAGGAAUCAAGUUACCUGUGCACUUUAAUGUUGGGGCUUGUUACAUUUCAUUGUGUGAUAAAAAUAGAAUUUCAGGACAUAAAAUUACUGUUUCAUGUACGUAUGAUAUUGAAACAUACAUGCAAUGUAAUUAUAUGUAUGUACAUGUGGGAAGUAUAUGCACAUUCAUAUUCAUACUUAUUAUUGUGAUUUACACAGUUAUACGCCACACACAUUGAUUUGUUACAUAUUCAUUGGUUCAUUAGAAACUUUUAUUCUUCUUGGUGACAGUUGUAAUAAUUUCUACUAAAAUUCAAGAAAAUCAAGUUACCAUAAUAUUUAUUGACAUAGUCUCUUCUUAUCAUGGUAUAUAUUGUUAUGACAUUAAAUAAUCAUGUAUUUUGUUAAGUUAUAGAAUUGCAUAUUAUUUUGUAUUUCACAGUAGUUUCUUGGAUAUGAGUUUUAAUUUGAAUUAAGGGCAUUUUUUCUUCUUAAAGAUACAAAACGUAUACAUGUUGUAGUUUUGCAUACAAUAUUUGUAGUAUAAUUAAGUUAUAUAUUUAGAUAAUAUUUUUGAUAUGACACAGAUUGUGUUAAUUGCUGUUAACACCAGUAUCAACAGAUUUGAUAAAUUCAGUCAAAGAAUUUCUAAUGUUGAAUUAUAAUGCGCAUGUUUUAAAACUGUGGAUUCCGUUAAUUUGUUGGGUACCAAUUUUAGUGGAUUGCUGAAAACUUGCAUUUUCAUGGUUUUGCAAAAGUCUUCAUAAACCCUUAAUGAAAACAUGUAAUUUGUUGAACAUUUAAUUUCAUGGUUUACCUGUACCCACGAAAUCUAUCGAAAUUGGUAUCCAACGAAUAAUAAUGAUUCCACAGUAUUAUCUUAUAUAACACUUUGAAGUAUGAAAAACCUCAAAUGUUUUAUUGAUGCUAAUUUGCCUGAUGCUCAGGGUCAUACCAUUUUAAAAGAUUAAAGUUUUGCAUUGUUAGUAUAUGACUUGAAAUGAAUUAUUUAUGUGAUAUGAAGUUUUAUUGUUUAAAGGGAAGUUAUAUAUCAUGAGUUUAUUAGUAUAUGUGAAAUCAUUGUUUAUCAAUUUAUACCAGAAAUUGCUUUAUAAUGCUACAGUAGAAACUGUAUUGGCAGGUUUCCAGGUCUCUGUAUGUGCAUACAUAUUGCUAAAAAAUAAAAAUGUUACAACUACAUGUACAAUUGAUUACAUUAUUAUUUUGUUUCAUUGCUUUUUCAUGUCUAACAAAAGAUAUGCACUUAAUUACUGCAUUCGGUUUUUAUCUUACUAAAUUUGCAUUUACAAAUAGCAGUUUUUGACAUUCUAAAGUGUUGCCAAUUUUAUGGUAUUUAAUUGUUUUUAUUUGUCAUUUUGCAUACCACCAGUAUCCACUUAAGGGAACUAUACCUACACAAAAGUUAGGAGUCAGUGGUUCAGCUUGUUCUGCUUGUUUUGCUUUUUUUAUCAAUUGAAUAAUUGAAAUUUGCCAAAAAUGACCCUUAUUCUUCUUCAUGGAUUUGAUAUGGAGUCAACACCUUUUAAGAUAGUGCAGUUUAAUCUAUAUAUUUACUAAAAAUCUUUUAAUUGUUAUUUUUCAUUUUUCAAACUAAGGAUGUGUGUUAUCAAUUACAAGAUCAUCAUGACUACACCAAAAAAACCUAGAAAAAACAUAUGUUCAGAAUAAAUUCAUUGGAGUUCCCUCCCUUUUUGAGAAUUUUUAGAUAUAUAAAAAUAAUUGUCUGUGUAAGUGAAAAAAAGCAAUAUUAAGAUCUUAAGAUCCUAAUAUGAAUGAUAAAUUGACAAAACUUGGUUCUGACAUUUUAUAGUCACCUAGAUUUUUAGACACUCAAUAAUACGUUUGUUUUUAAUCUCUAAUUUAGUACAAUGAUUUAACAUGUGAAUAAACCCAUGGCAGUAUUAUGAAUAUAUUUAUUGUGAUAUACAUGUGGUAGUUAAGUAUAUUAGAGUAUUAAUUUAUAUCUUUAUGUACUAAUGUGAAUGUCAAUUCCCAUUAUGUAAAUAAAAACAACUUCAAAAGAAUACAUUGUUGAAACUAGCCUAGUUUUAAUUUGGUGUAGCCAUUGUUGUGUCAUAUAUGAUAGAUCACCUAAGAU